AUGCAAUAGCAUUGCUCACCAGGCUGCAUCGAAAUACUCAAAGCCCCCAACGAUCUGCGAAAACAUGGCACUAUCACAUCGCUUUGAACCACCUGUGUCAGGUUUUAAUUUUGAGAACUCGACCAGGAAUAUUUUGCUGAAUAAUGUUCUGGAUGAGAGGAAAACCAAGACACCAAAACCUCUAAAGACUGGCACCACGAUCGCAGGAGUGGUGUAUAAGGAUGGUGUGGUCCUGGGAGCAGACACAAGGGCCACCUCCAGUGAAGUAGUAGCAGACAAAAUGUGUGCCAAAAUUCACUACAUUGCUCCUAACAUAUAUUGCUGUGGAGCAGGGACAGCAGCAGACACAGAGAAAACCACAGAAUUGCUUUCUUCCAACCUCACAGUUUUCUCCAUGAAUAGCGGCAGAAACCCCAGAGUCAUCAUGGCAGCUCACAUACUGCAAGAUUUGCUGUUCAGGUAUCAAGGUAUGAUUGGUGCAAAUUUGAUUCUAGGAGGAGUGGACUGCACUGGAAGUUAUCUCUACAGUGUGGGGCCAUAUGGAAACAUGGAGAGUGUUCUUUAUCUUGCCAUGGGGUCUGGUGAUUUAGCUGCCAUGGGUAUCCUAGAGGAUAGGUUCAAACCAAACAUGGAGCUAGAAGAGGCCAAGGCAUUAGUGCGUAAUUCCAUCCAUUCGGGAAUCAUGAGUGACCUUGGUUCCGGCAACAAUAUAGACAUGUGUGUCAUUACCACUAAGGGGGUUGACUACAUCAGACCCUAUCAUGAAUCUGAAUAUAAUGAUAGAAGACAGAAAAAGUAUAAGUAUAAGCAAGGUACAACCCCAGUUUUGACUGAAAAGGUGGUUCGUCUGGAACUGGAGCUUGUGCACGAGAAAAUUCAGACAAUGGAAACUGCCUGAGCUGAGAAAACAUUUGAUCUUGUCCAGUCAACCAGUACUGUUUUUUGUGUUCAUUUCAAUGGUAAAGAAAGAAAAUGCUAAAAUGUCAAAAUAGAUUUUUAUACAUUAAAUAAAUGUUUUAGAUGUGCACGUCAUUUUCUAUUAAA